UGGUCGCUUUCUUCUCGAACCCACGAUUUAUAGUUUCUCUUUCCAUCGCCUUAUCAUUUACUCCACCCCGAACUUUCUAGAAACAACAAAACUGUCCUUCUCUCUUCCUCCCCAUUCUCAAGAUUCUCUAACAUCAACCCUAUCCGAUAGCUUGGUGGACUGGACCGGUGGUUUCUGUUUGGCUGCUGAGAAAAUCAACACGGACGAUUCUUGAGAAAAUUAUCUUUCUUUUCUGUCUAGAAUCAUUAAAACCCGGUUUUGGAGGAUUUGGAUCUGACCCGAACCGAACCGAACCGAAAUGAUGCCGUUACCGGUGGAACAAACCGGCGAAUCACCUGCGGCUGGUCACGGCGGAUCCGUGGCAGGAGGAGGAGAUUUGCAAAGGUUAAUACCAACUCCAUUUCUGACAAAAACAUAUAACCUGGUAGAUGAUCCUUCUGUUGAUGAUAUGAUCUCAUGGAACGACGACGGAUCGACCUUUAUCGUUUGGCGUCCGGCCGAGUUCGCCAGAGACUUGCUUCCUAAAUACUUUAAACACAACAAUUUCUCUAGCUUCGUUCGUCAGCUCAACACUUACGGAUUUAGAAAGGUAGUGCCGGACCGGUGGGAGUUCGCUAACGACGGUUUCAAAAGAGGAGAAAAGGAGCUUCUCCGCGACAUUCAGCGUCGGAAAAUUUCAGCGGCAGCCGGGGGAGUCACCGUUGCUUCAGUUCCAGCUGUAGCCUGUGUAGCGUCGCCGUCUAAUUCCGGAGAAGAACAGUUAGUCUCAUCAAACUCUUCGCCAGUAGCUGCAGUGCCCACGGUUGCGGUGGCUGCUGCUCCGAUUGCCCGUACUAGAAGCUUUACUACGACGCCGGAGGUUAUAGAAGAGAAUGAAAGGCUGAGAAACGAGAAUGCGCAACUGAGUCACGAGUUAACUCAGUUGAAAGGAUUGUGUAAUAAUAUUCUUGCAUUAAUGACUAAUUAUUCUUCCGGUCCAAUAAAUAGUCCGAACGGUAGUAAUAACAAUGCUAAUAGUAGUAAUAAAGUUUUAGAGCUGCUGGCGCUGACAAGAGCGGGGUCGCAUCCGGCGGUGACGCCGCCGUCGUCGUCCACGGUGGCGGUGGAGGAGGAGAUAAACCCUAGGCUGUUUGGAGUUUCAAUUGGAACAAAGAGGAUGAGAAUAGAUGAUGAAGAUGAGAGACAAGAGAGUAGCAAUGAUCAGCAGGAUUCUCAAGAGAAUGAGCUCGGAUCUGACGUGAAAUCAGAGACGUUGGAUGUGAAGACUAGUAGAAAAGAUCAUCGUGAUCGGACGUGGCUAGAGCUGGGAAAAUGAAAUUCUAUCAAGUGUUGUUGAUCAUUGUUGAUUGAUUGGAUAAUGACACGGUGUCUGAUGAUGUGGCAGAUAAAGUGGGAGAAAUGACACGUCAGUUCCGACAAGGGAAUCAAUCUGUUUCCAUCCAUCUGUUAUUUGGCCUUGCGGAUGCUGAAGAGUCAGUCAUUUCCCACACGACUGUAAAAAGUAAAAAAACCAAGAAGAAAUCGUUAUAAAAGGAGUCUCAAAACGGUGCCGCUUAACACAGGAGAUGAGACAAAAUUAUGGUUUUGCUCUUUGACAAGAUUAAGAGAAGAAAAAUAUACUAGAAGCUCGGUUAGUAUAACUUAUUUUUGUUAUAUACUGCGUUUUGAAUGCUAUUAUGAUAAAUUUAAAAUAUUUAAUGAUAUACUAGAAAUAGAUUUAGUAGUA